AUGGGUUCGCAACAACUCAUAGCGAAUGAAUUACUGGCGUUUGUACAGAAUGCCAUAGACACCAUGGAUGAAGUCAGCAUCAGGCAGAUCUGCAAAUCAAGUUUCAGUGAAGACGACAUUUGCAGUGGCAAGGCGCUGCUCUUCCAGACGCUCGGCAAAACUGACCAGAUGCCACCCCGUCGGAGGGAUGGGGGCGUGAAGAGUCUCCAGGACAUAAUACAACUGUUCAAGGAGAUCGAUCCAGACGUCGUGCCAGCCUUCGUUGCGAAGCGGCUAGACCGGUUACCGCCGGUUACCUUUGAUCACGUCGAUGUCACCAGGCUGCUGAAGGACAUAACAUUCCUGAAGACGAGUCUGGCAGAAGUGCAGGCUAAGUUAGAGGUAUCUAAUAAUGCCAUCAGUGAGCUACGUUCAGAAUUGGCGUUAUUACGUAGCGCACGUUCGGAAUGUAGGUCAGAUACCUCUAACAUAGCCGUGUGUCACGUUGCGCGGAAUGUGUCCAGCGGCGGUAUUGAACCCGCGAAUUUGGAUGCGUCGGCGAUUGCUGAGCAGGCGACCGCCGACCCGCGCCCCGCCGCCCGCCCGUCUACGUCACCGGAGACGCGCACGUCACGCGAGAGUACGUUAACCCCGAAACGUUCUUACGCUGCUACUGCUGCUAAGCCGCCUGCUGUGUCCAAGCCUAAGCAGCGGCCGAAGAAAGGGGUGCAGAGCCUUCGUGAACCUGUUCACAAGGACCAAUCACAGCCGACUCUAAGAGAGUCGCGAUGCGACGCGGACGGUUUCAAGAAGGUGGAGAAGAGAAGAAAACCGGCUCGUCAGAAUCAGUGUGGUACCGCACCGACUGGACCCAACCAUUUGCUGCGUCCUGCAACACCGUCGACGCUGCUGUAUGUGUCCCGUCUACAUUACCUUACGAAGGUCGACGACAUCGUAAAACAGUCCGAGACCAACCCGGAAAUAGUACGAAUGACGUCUUCCUUCCCGGUAUUACUAGAAAAUCUAAAUCGUUUACUUGAACCAGGUUAUAAAGAGUUCGCAGUCUCCGCCGCCGAACCAGCACAACGCAUGGUCUGCCCUAAAUGGGAUGCAGCAAACGUGCUCACGCAAGUUGCAUCCCACAAGAGGCAGCGUCCUCUCCGCCACGGAACCAACGUAAGGCCGUCCGGCCUCUUCCCAUCCGUGCGACUGAGACCCGGCGGCUCCAACACACAGGGAACGUUUGCCGAAACCAUGGCCCUCCGCACAAUCUCAUUUAUAGAGUGGUGUCUCGGAAAACGGCCAGCGCAUCGUCGGCAACUCAAGCCAUGA